AUGAAACACUUGCACGCACUUUACCUUUUUUUAUUUCUUUUACGAUUUGUUAAAUGGUCUAGUGGAUAUAAAAGGAGGAAAAACAUAACUCCAUAUGGAUUCCUUUGUAGUAGUAGAAAUAACGUUCCAAACAGAAGAGUGAUUAUAAAAAGACACAAUAAUGUAAAAAAAAAAAGUGUAAAUAAUAUAAAGGACGUGAAAGAUAUCAAUGUGGGGGAACUAAAAGUAGGUAGAGUGUCCAAUGUCGUGGACAAUGAUAUAUAUGUGAAAUUAAAGACGGGUGAUAAUGAAGAAAUUAUAAUAAAAAAGGAAUACAAUUAUUUACUGGAAAAUGAACUUUUGUAUGAAUACUUGUACAGCAAUAAUUUUAUUGACCAUGUAAUAUAUAACAAACUGAUGAGGAAAGUGAAUCCCAAUUGGAAAGAUAAAGUGGUGCGUGCCGAACCUAAUCAGGUUACAGAUUGUGUUGUUCUGAUAAAAGAAAUAGACGAAAAAAAUAAGAUAAUUGGAGAAUUAUUUACCAGUGAAAUAAGUAAAAGAAAAGAAAAAAUUUAUGACAAAUUGAAUGAAUUGAAAAAUUCUGAAAAAAAAAUUUUCAUAAAAAUUUUGAAAAAUAUAAGGAAUAAAUAUUUUGUAGUUUUAAUAAAUGGUUGUAUAAGAGGUUAUCUAAUGUACGAUGAAAAUGAUGAGCAUAGUAAAAAUAUUCUACAAUUUGCACAAUCAAGUAAGAAGUUAGGUCCGAAAUUAAGUGCAUACAUUAUUGAAGUAAAUAAAAAAUUAGAAUAUGUUUUUUUAAGUUUAAAAAAAGUGCCAAAAAAUGAGAUGAAUGAAAAGUUACUAAAUUUGCAACACACAAUUGCUGUGGAAAAUUUAUUCGAAAAUGUAUACUUCAAAGGAGAGGUAUCUAAUUUUUGUAAUGAUGGGAAUAACAUAAUUGUAAAAAUUUUUGAAAAUCAAAAUAAUUCUAUAAAGGUGAAAAUAAAAUCACAUAACAUUAUUAACACUAGAAAUAUUCUCCGAAACUUUGAUUAUUUGAAAAAUAAAGUCAUAGAACACGAGUUUGGAAAAUAUUAUUCCCCUUCUGCCGUCGAACAAAUAAAUAAUGAAGAAAAGAUUCAUAACCACAAAAUGACAUCUCAAAGGGUUGAUCAUCAUGCAGAUGGAAAUCAGCAUAAUGUUCAUGGUCCACCUGAAACCCAAAUCCAUGGAGACACUUCUUGGCAUCAGAAAAAAGGAAAAGCAACAAUACAAAGAAAAGAUUACAAUGAAAAGUUUAAACAAUUUAAGGAGAAUUUCUACGGUUGUAACGACGAAGAUGCAUUGAAAUAUAUCAACGUAGAUGAUUAUAUUUAUAAAAAGGAAAAACUAUUGUACGUUCGAAUUAUUAACAAAACGUCCGAUCCAAAUCUGUACGAAGGGAGUAUGAUUAAAUCUGAUCCGAUUAACCCGCAGAUAUAUGACCUUAUAAAGAAAAUGUCUAGUGAAGAAAAUAUCAUAAUAAACUACGAUGAAAGACUAAGAUAUCCCUCAAAGGUGCUUGGAUUCUUCAACAAUUAUGUUAUACUCUCCACAAGGGUUUUAAGCACACAAUUGAUGGGUAACCAAGUGAGUGCAAACGUCGGUACUGAUGCAUCUACUAAGGUCGGUACAGAUGCCACCGCUAAUGCCGGUGCUAAUACCAGUGCAGUGACAAGGAGGGAAGACCUCUCCCAUAUCACGACGGGAUAUAGUAAAAUAGACAAAGGACAAAUAAAAGAUAUUGUCACGCUGAUAGAGAAGCGUUAUAUUGAUUAUGAAAAUUUGAAAGAAGGAGAUAUUUUCUUCUGCAGAUUUGAUAAUAUAAAAUGGAGAAAUGCCCGUAACAUAUUUAAUCUAUCCAAUAGCAUGAUUAAUAAAAUAUUUAAUUCAUACUUUAAGAGAGAAAAAGAUAUAAGAGUCUUAGUGAAGAAGGAAGAACAGCUUAAUGGAUCCACACCAUGGAAAAAAAAAACCAUUCCAAAGGAAGAAUCCACAAUGGAAUAUUAUGCCAAAAAAUGGGAGAAGAAAAAUGCGAACAAGUCUAAAGUACUUGAAGGUGAAAAAUCAAUAGAUCAACAAAUUUUUGAGGAAAUUUUUUUCGAAAAAAGAAAUUUUUACUUCAUGAGAGCUGAACUACAUAAGGAUACAGAAUAUCGAUUGAAUAAAAACAAUAUAGAUAAAAACUUCAAACUCCUGAAAAACAUAUGUGAUAACUACUACUCUGGUAUUAAUCAAGCAUAUCAUCGAUAUCCUAGCAUACGGGAAGAAUACAUACUGGCAUAUUUAGGAAAAGAUAAUUACAAGUUGUAUAGAAAAUUGGUAUCAGACUACUUUUGUUCGAAUGAACAUUCAUAUAAAGAAUUUCUUCAUGCUGAUUGUGAAAAUGUGGUUAUGACUGUUUUUGAUUUAGUUUUUGAAAAUCCAAAUAUAUUAACUGUUGAAAUGAUUAAAAAUUAUAACAAAGACUUAUAUGAAAGAAUUCACAAAUUGGGAAUUUACGAACUGAAUUAUUUACUUAAAGAUUUAAUUAAAUUAAAAAAUAAAUUACGCAUAUAUCCAUGUAGUUACAAAACGAAAAUUGGACGUAUGAAUUUGACAUUAAAUAAUCAGAAGCCUGUUAAAAAAGAGCACAUUCAAAAUUUACAAAUUCAUGAAAAUGUAAAAAAUGAAUUGAUUAAAAGUUAUAAUAAUUUCGUAUCUCCCGUUGAAUAUAUAAAAGAAAUUCUUUUAAAAAAAAAACAAGCCAUGUGUAUGGAAAAUAAAAACAUGUCAUCUAUUUACAUUCUAGCAGAGGAAACUAUAAAUCUUUAUGAAAACUCUGCCAAGGAUGUCGAACCACAUACCGAUGAACAAAUUGCAAUGCUCAAGGCUCAAAUUAACAGAAAACGUUCAUUCGGAACCUCAGGAAUGACAGAUGGGCAGGAUUCAUUUCAAGGGGCUUUAUUCGAUCCUGAAAACAGCCAAAUUAGACGCCUCCUCAAUAUGAUAAAGGAAGACCUAGAGAAGCAGAAAAAGAAAAACAAACUGGAUGAAGUAGACCGCGAAUAUGAUAAAGAACAGAAUAGCUAUAGCGAUGCAACUGAUCUUUACAAACAUUUCCCAGAACUCGAAGAAAUGGAUGAACUAACGAAAGAUAUGUUUUAUAUGAAAAUUCCGUUUGUUGAGUGA